GUGGCAGCUGCCGGGGCCCCACCAGCUGCGGCUGCAGGGAGCAGUCAGCAGCAGCCGCAGCAGCCGCAACCCCAGCCGGCUGUUCCAGCGCAGCAAACGCGGGAGCAGCAGGAGGAGUACCUGAGUGGCUUGUUACAUACCGUGUGGCAGCUGCAGCAGCAAUUGCGGCAGGAGCAGGCGCUGAUGCAGCAGCAGCCGCAGGCGGCGGCGGCGGUGGCGGAGGGUGAGCAGGGAGCUGAGGACGAGGACGGGGCUGCUCCUGCUGCUGCUCUUGCUGCGGGCAACAACACCAAUAACAAUAACAACAACAACGCUGUCAUUGCCGCGCUGCAGCAGCAUAUCGCGAACCUGCUGCAGGUGCAGAACGUGGGCCCUCUUUGGCAGGCGCUGGUGGACCACACGGCGCAGGAGGUGGCGGAGCAGCUGCAGCAGCUGCAGCAGGGGGAGGGAGGGGAGGGGGCGGCAGCAGCAGGGGGUGGAGUAGGGGCAGGAGGUGGAGGGCAUGUGGCGGGGAUUGUUGGGUUAGACGAGGAAGGGGAGGAGGGGGAGGGUGCGGAGGGGGAGGGCGCGGAGGAGGAGGAGGAGCAGGAGGAGGACAACGCGCCGCCGCAUGAGAGCGAGCUGAUGAGGAACGCGCUGCGAGCGACAGCCGCGGCCCAGGCCCACUUGGAGCCGCUGGCCGGGCUGCGCGGGCGGCUGCAGCAGCUGCUGAUCGAGUUCGGGCCGGAGGGCAGCACCUGCUUCAUCACGCAGAGCCUGGUUCGUGCCCUGGAGCCGCUGGCGCCGGGUCUUCGCUCGCUGCACCUGCUGUCGUGGAACAUGGAGGGGCUGAUGCUGUCGGCUCCGGAGCCGCUGUGCUUUACCGCCUUCACCGCACUCAGGUCGCUCACGGUGGCCAACCGCAUAUGCCCCGACUCGCAGGUGAACUUCGCUGCGCCGCUGCCCGAGACCGCCGGGCACGUGAUCUACACCGGGCAGCUACCUAGGACCCUCAAGAGUCUGUGCGCCAACCGCGUCAACAUCGUAGCCGGCAUGCCGCCCUCACCCGCACCCGCACCCGCACCAGCAGCGACAGCGACAGCGCAACCUGCAGCGGCACAACACCAACCUCCGCCUCCACCUCCGCCUCCACAACCGCAGCAGCAACCAGGGGCAGGAGGAGCAGCCUCCCAGUCGGGGACAGCAACAGCAGCAACCACCUCCCAACAACCCGGGCAGGCAGGUCCGGCGGGGACGGCAGCAGCCGCUUCCACCACCUUCACCACCACCACCGGCAGCAAACAUACCCCUUCGUCAACCCCCGCCGCCGCCUCCACCUCCACUUCCUUACCCCCACAGCCCACCUCCGCCCCUCCUCCUCCUCCUCCUCCUGCUCCUGCUCCCCACCUCAUCGCCCCCUCCCUCCACCACCUCUGGCUGGCCGACUGCAACGUUCGCGGCGGCAACCCGGAGCAGCUGGCAGCCGCCAUGCCCUGCCUGCAGACCCUGGUCAUACGGCACGUCAGCAAGCCGGAUGACCUGCCCGCCGCGCUGGUAGGGGCGCUGCGCGGCUGUCGCGACCUGAGCACGCUGGGGCUGGGCGGCUUCUCCCACCGGCAGCUGGGGGCGCUGCAGGGCCUCACGCAGCUGCGGCACCUAAUGUUGGACCCGCGGAGGGUGGAGGAUGCGGAGCUGGAUGAGGAGCUUGUGUUGGACGUGGUCCCCGGCGAGGGCGACCGCUCGCUCGCCUUCCACGAGGACGUUAUGUCGCUGGUGGCGGCGGGCGGGCAGCGGCUGCGCUCCGUGUGGCUGCCCGACUGGGCUGUGCCGCCGCACCAGCUGGUGCAGUGGCAGACGCAGGUGGCGCAGGUGGCCCCCCUGGCGGCGCUGCGGCUGGUAGAGCACCACUACUUUUGGCGGCUGCCGGCGCCGGUGGGCUGCCCCGAGGUGCAGGACCGGCUGCAGUGGUGGGGUUUCGACGCGUGGAACGUGCUGUAGGGGGUUGUCCAGAGGAAACGACUAACGAACUGUGUGAUAACUGAUAAGACGUCAUCGGAGGGGGGGGGAUACGGGGAUAAGAGAAGUGCAGCAACGGGUUGGGGACACAUGGAAGGGGUGCAGGGAUGCCGGCUAGGACUGAUGGCUGGGUACGGUGUCGUGCGGCAGGUUUGGAGAGGGCGCGCGCACGUUCCGACUCGCGGCCAGUGUUCUUAACACAAGCCCAGACGCAGCAGCAGCACUCGGGUCGCAGUGGCACGCGUGCCGUGCAGGAUGGCGGUGUUGGGUGUUUGAGAGAGAUGUGCUCUGAAAAGGCAAGAGGGGCUUCUCGGGGAUUGGCCCUGGGUUGGAUCCUACGCCAUUUGCUGUCGUUCAUGACGAAAGACGCGGAUCAUAAUGCUGAGGCGUGGAGAGCAGCCACAUGUUGGGGGCCCUGAACCUUCGGGUUUAUUCAGGGUACAAUAUGUAGGGUCCUGCUCUGCUCCUCUUUGCUGCUCUCCGCUUAAUGCCAUGCUAGCAUACCGGUAGUACGUAACUCUGCCUCUGCGGCAUCUCCAUCGAACUCCUCAAACCCAUUCAGUAAGACCCUUCUAAAACCCUUCUUCAACUAAUGCCAUGCUAGCAUACCACAGCUCUGCCUCUGCGGUAUCAAAAACCGUCUAAACCAUUAUGUAUACCCACUCUUCCUGCGUCUUCCCCACGGUGAAGCUGAAAAUGCGAGGCGGGGUUAGCCGGUGUGGACACCUCACCUAGAUGGCUACCGUUAUGUCUCAUGUGAUGCCCUUUAGGAACCUUGACAUCUGACGGCACCCCUAUGGAUCCUGUUUCCUUUUUACUUGUACGCGCCGUGAUAUGUAUGUGACCUAACGUUGAAAGAUGUUGGCGGGACCCUGAUGGGGCAUGCGAGGGUGAGGUAGGCAUCAGCGUGUGUGUAUUACAACAGACGCAUGGACCGGCGUCUCAGCCGUACGACGGGGAAGGCGUUUCUAGGAUUUUAAAGUCCUGAAGACGCAUGUUACUGCAACUGAGCGUUGCAGCCCAAAAUCAACCAAAAAAUGUUAGACCUCGG